AUGGGAGCAUCAGCUGUCGACGACGAGCCAUGGGCAUCCAACGCACCCCAUACGAGUGGUGGUCCUACCAUUGCCGAGCCGGUCGAGGCCGUGCCAGGCCUGUUCUUCAUCGCCGACUUUGUGGCGCCUGCCGAGUCGGACGCCUUGCUAGACUUUCUGGCGGCAUGCGACAGAUGGAAGAGCAUGGGAACCGGUCGGCGAGUCCUACACUUUGGCCACAUGUUUGACUAUGCCACAGAGAGUGUUGUUCCCAUUCCGGAUCCAGAUUGUCCGGACGAUGUGUUUAUGCCGGCAGCGCUUGCGCCGGUUGUGGCGAGCAUCAACGCACUGGUCACGCCUGACGGCUCGCCACUACCGGGCGGUCCGCAGGCGUAUGAUCAGGUCAUUGUCAACGGGUACGAAAAGAGCCAGGGCAUCCACCCACACAUCGAUCGGACGCAUUGCUUUGGCCCGGUCAUCGCCGCGCUCUCGCUCGGCGACGAUGCCGUGCUUACCUUUCUCCGCGACACCCAGGAUGGGCGGGUUGUGUACGACGUCCCUGUCCCGGCCCGGUCGCUCUACAUCAUGACUGGCGACGCGCGGUACGCGUGGCGCCACGGGCUCGAUGCCAGGACCAACGCCGCGGUGCGGACAGGUGUCGAGCGGGUCUCGAUCACGUGGCGGACUGUUGUCGACAGCGAGACUGCGGCGGCAGUGACGCCGUCCGCCAACUCGCUGCCGGGCGUCAUCAUCGAUGCUCUUCGCCCCGAGACAGACCUUGUUAUUGAGGGCGAGCUCGUCGGCCGCGUCGUUGGCCGCCGCGGAGCGACUGUACGCGCGCUCUCCGGCCGCCUCGGCUCACAGUUGGUCGUCGGCACGCUCGCCGGCGAUCCCUCGGUCGGGUUGGUCCGCAUCCUCGACCGAGGCACCACCUCGCUCGAGGCCCUGCAGACCGAGCUCGACGCCAUCCUUGACCCGUUCCGCUCGAGCGGCGCCGCCGCCGAAGACUAG